AUGGCCGGCGGUGGUAAAGGAAAGACAGGAGGCAAGACAGGCGGAAAGGGCGACUCGCAGGUCAAGACUCCAAAAUCGCACUCCGCCAAAGCCGGUCUCCAAUUCCCCUGCGGUCGCAUAAAGCGUCAUCUGCGAAACCUCACGCGACAAAAGACGCGCAUCGGCGCCAAGGCCAGCAUCUAUCUGACUGCCGUUCUCGAAUACCUGACAGCUGAGGUGCUGGAGCUUGCAGGCAACGCCGCCAAGGAUCUCAAGGUCAAGCGUAUUACGCCACGCCACCUGCAACUCGCCAUCCGAGGUGACGAGGAACUCGACACGCUUAUCCGCGCCACCAUUGCCUUCGGAGGUGUCCUACCGCACAUCAACCGCGCGCUAUUGCUCAAGGUCGAGCAGAAGAAGAAGAGCGGCGUGGCCAAGUCUGGCGAGGCGUAG